UUUGUGGUUUGGGGUGCCUAUGGCUACAUGGCCGUUGUACGCGGAGCAACAAUUGAACACGUUUGAGCUAGUGAAGGAGCUUGGACGACUAGUGGUGGAGAUUAGGGUGGAUUAUCGACGUGAUUGGAAGACUAGGAAAGGAAACUUAAAGGUGACCGCGGAGGAGAUUGAGAAUGGGGUGAAGAAGUUGAUGAGUUUGGAUGAGGAGACGAUGAACAAAGUAAGGGAAAUUAGUGACAAAAGUAGAAAUGCAUUAGAAGAUGGUGGUUCAUCUCAUAAAUGGUUGGGUCAAUUUAUUGAAGAUGUUUUGAGUAACGUAGCUUAAAGUAUUU